AUGCCGCACUCUCAAACUACACCGCAAACCGGAAAAGGUAAAAAUAGUAAAAAUUCUAAAAACGUUAUACAGGCAGCUCGCCUUGAAAAAUCCACCACAAAUUCAAAUGACACGGUUUUUGAAUAUGACUCGUCCAACUCCCCCUCAAAUUCAGACUGGACAACAAAUCCCGGUAAAAGGAAUCUGUCAUCUUCCUCAAACCCGAGCUCUCCGAAUCAUGAUCAAAGCAAAAAAAUUCAAAAACUAUUUAUAACUGCAAAUCGGUACGAACCGCUAGCGCAAACUGAAUCCACCAACUCACCACCUGAAAUACCUGAAACACCUAUCAUUGCAGACAAAAUUAUACUACCACCGCCAAUUUUUGUAAAAGGUGUAAUAAACUUUCCAGACCUAUGCUCAUCUUUAAUUGAGAUAAUUGGAGUAGAUAACUUUGUUUGCAAAUCCUCGACUGACAGCUUAAAAAUUCAAACCUCCAACCCUCAAUCCUACAGAACACUCAUCCAUUUUUUAAAGGAAAAAAAAGCCCAAUAUCACACAUUUCAACUCAAAGAAGAUAAGCCGACGCGUGCCGUUAUCCGUAACCUCCACCCGACUACAUCCACAGAUCUUAUAAAAAGCGAAUUAGAACUGCGUCUUUUCGAGGUAAGGAAAGUCACAAACGUACUACAUAAGACCAGCAAAUGCCCACUACCUCUUUUCUUCGUUGACCUUGAACCAACUCACUAUUCGAACGAUAUUUUCAAACUCUCUUCUCUGCUGCAUACCAAAGUCAAAGUCGAGGAACCAUAUAAGCCUAAAGUUAUAAGCCAGUGCCUCAACUGCCAGGAGUACGGCCACACAAGAGCCUACUGCGGGUAUUCUGCUCGCUGUGUUCGUUGCAGUGCUUUCCACCCAUCCUCAGAAUGCUCCAAACCUCGAGAUUCACCAGCCAAAUGCGCGCUGUGCUCUGGGGACCACCCGGCCAACUACAGAGGUUGCAGCGUUUAUAAAGAACUCCAGCGCCGCAAGAAACCAGUCGCAAGUAAUGCUUUCAUAUCAGAUAAUGUUAGAUAUAAGUCUCAUAAUGUACAAGUUAGCCACCCAGAAAAUGGUACUCCUCCAAAUCUCUCACCAUCUUACGCCCAGGCUACUGCAGGCCAAUCACAAAACCUUCCGACACCUGAAUCAGCCCCUAAUAUAAAUUCUACAAUUACAAAUUUCCUAGAAGAUUUCAAAACUCUUAUAAAUCCUCUAAUCUCUCUUCUCACGAAAGUCAUUUCCAGUCUUUUAGAUAAAAAAAAUGAAUAA